AUUAUGAUGCAUUUGUCCUGGUUUUUUACUUAACACAUGUUUUUAAAUUUGUUUUACUUUUCUUUUUGUUGCCUAACACAUUAUUAGUUUUUAAGUAAAUUCACACACUUUACAGCAAAAUUAAAUAAAAUAAAGAUUGAAAAAGAACAACAACUAAAAGUUAAGAAAGUCCGUGUUGUGCGCGGUGAUCAUCGGCUAAGCUUAAGAUUUUCACCAAAUGCAUUUUUAAUAUAAUUAGCCAGUACAGGAGGAAUUUGGCACAACUAACAGACCUUAGCCAGCCAGUAAGGGAGGUAUUCAGUGUUAAUAGUUUAAAACUGGACAAUAAACUGUGGCGACUAUAAUGCAAAAACUGUUCGUAAAGAAGUUAUUCCAAAUAAAAGAGGAGAAAAUAAUUUUCAAAAUGAAGAUGUCAAACGCUAACAUUAAAAGCGCCAUCGAAAGAAGCAACAGUUUAAGGUCGUUCUUCAUAAAUAAAACGAGUGUAGGCAACGUUUUUAAAAUUAACAAAGAGCCACCAGUAAUUUAUGACAAGAUCGGAGAGAUAGAUCUAAAAUCAAUCAGAGACGAGUGCACAGGAGCCAGGCUCAUGAUCGGAAGUGCAUAUAGCAAAAAUACACGAGAACGGCAUAUACAGAGGUAUCACCACUUUAAAAAUCUAGCCAGUGCUAUAUGCGACGCGGCGUUGAGAAUCGGCGGGCCGGCGUUCCUUUGCUUCUUAAUCAUAACGGCAAAUUCGAGGAACCCCGCACUGAGAGCUUGGCAAAAACAGUUCUGACAAACGUCGGUAUCACCUUUUUGCGGUUUAUUUACUAAAUAGAAAAGAAAUUCUUAUUA